AUGCGGCCCGAGCUACCCAUUGUGUCUUUCAUUUGCGCUGUUCUCCUCUCGGUGGUGCUCUGCAGGCAAUGGCGGUCUCUUGAGGUCACAGUGCUCUCAGUCUUUGCUUGGCUUUUGAUAUGCAACCUCAUCCAUGGCGUUAAUUCGAUGAUUAAUCUCCAUUUUGUUCCCAUCUGGUGCGAUCUAGUAACGAAGUUCGAAUUGGCCACGCCGUUCGCAAUCGCCAGCGCAUGCUUUUGCCUUGUCAGACGACUUGAGGUCAUCUCGUCGAAACGAGAGAUGAAGACGUCUGCCGUCUGGCAGAGCAGAAUCCAGACUCUCGCUUGCCUAGGUGUACCUACUAUUUAUAUUUUGUUAUCGUUGCUCGUGCAGGAUCAUCGUUUCGACGUAGUCCAGGAUAUGGGCUGCAAAGCGGCGGUCUUUGUCUCAGCGCCAGCCAUAAUCAUUCUCUGGGUCCCCAUCCUCGCCUUCUGUCUCGGCACCAUUGCAUACUUGGGCAUAGUCUCCGCGCGUAUCUGGCGGAAGCGCGCAGACUUCUUCCUGCAUACCACCGCGCGCUCGCGCCUAGCGGGACUUGACUUCCAGGUCCUCCUCUCCAUGUCAGCCGUUCAGGCGCUCCUCCUCGCGUACUCCGUGAUAUCCAAAUUGGCUUUGUCGACUGUCCUGCCGUGGACGUCUCUCUCUGCUGUCCACACAGACUGGGGACAGGUAGAGUUUGUCAGCACGGAUACGAUGUCCACGUGCGAGCGGGCCGAGCUCGAGCUGGACUGGUGGAUCGUGCCUACCUUAUCUCUGGUGUCCCUGGUUUCGCUCGCGUUUGGCGCGAGCGUGAGGAUUGGGAUGCGAGACGUCGCCCAGCGGGUCCAGCGGCAUAUUCGAAGG